AUGAGCUUCUCUCAAGAGUUUUUCACUUUAAACAAUGGUAAUAAGAUCCCUGCCAUUUCCAUCAUAGGUACGGGUACCAAAUGGCAUCAUGGCAAAUUAGAAAGUGGUAAAUUUUCCGAUGAGUUGGUUGACCAAUUGCAAUAUGCGUUAACUUUACCCGGUAUUAUCCAUAUUGAUGCUGCUGAAAUGUAUAAUACAUACCCGGAAGUUAACAAAGCUCUAAAAUCAACUUCAAAAGUAAGAGAUGAAAUUUUCAUCACAGAUAAAUACUAUAGUGGCUCACCUAAAUUAACCGAGAAUCCAAUUGCUGGUCUUACCAAAUCUCUUAAGGAAUUGGAACUGGAUUAUGUCGAUUUAUACCUUUUACAUAGUCCAUUCAUUACGAAAGAAUCAUGUGGUUACACUAUGGAAGAAGCAUGGAAACAAAUGGAAAAAUUAUAUAAAGAUGGUAAGGCUAAGAAUAUUGGUGUUUCUAAUUUUUCUGUUGAUGAUUUGAAGCGAAUCUUGAAGAUUUGUGAAAUUAAACCACAAAUUAACCAAAUUGAAUUCAAUGCCUUCUUACAAAAUCAAACUCCGGGGAUUGUCAAGUUUUGUCAAGACCAUGAUAUUCUGGUGGAAGCAUAUUCACCGUUGGGUCCUUUGAGAAAGAAACCGACAGAUCGUGAUCCUGGACCAUUUUAUCAGUACAUUGAGGAAUUAGCAAAGAAGUAUGGUAAAUCAGAAGGUCAAGUAUUAUUACGUUGGGUUACUAAACGUAAGAUCCUUCCUAUAACAACUUCAGGAAAGGAGGAAAGAAUCAAAGACGCUCAAGACUUAUUUUCGUUUGAUUUAACUUCAGAAGAAGUUGAAAAGAUUACUAAAUUAGGUUUAGCCCAUGAACCAUCAAGAUUGUAUUGGAAGAAUAACUACAGUCAAUUCGACUCUGAGUCUCAAAAAGUUUAG